GGGUCAGUCCGAGUACGAGUCGGUCCUCUGUAUCAAACCUGAAGUCAGCGUUUACCGAAUCCCACCAAGAGCAUCCAACCGGGCUAUCAGUCGCAGCAGAACAGCAGCUGGUGCUGUAAAGAAGUCAGUGUCUUGCUCAAGAACACUUCAUCGGGGUUGAUGCCGCUUUAAUACCCAAGGGGCUGCCGACUGGAAGCUGGAUGCUCCUGACUGGACGGGACGCAUGCGUGUGACUUCCCGGGGUAAAGUGGCCUACGUGAAACUGGAAGACAGAAUCUCUGGUGACCCAGCCCACGUCCAAGCAUGUGGGGAGCUGUUUGCACAGGCACCAGUAGAGGAGUCCCCUGGCAUCGCAGUGGAAACAGUUAGUGACUCAAGCCGUUACUUUGUGCUCCGCAUCCAGGAUGACAACGGCCGCAGUGCAUUCAUAGGCAUUGGGUUUGGAGACCGAGGCGAUGCCUUUGACUUCAAUGUUGCACUUCAGGACCACUUUAAGUGGGUAAAACAAGAAAAUGAAUUUAGCAAGCAGGCACAGGCUCCAGACUCCACUCCCAAACUGGACUUGGGUUUCAAGGAAGGACAGACCAUUACUCUCAAUAUCGGGCAAUCAAAGAAGAAGGACAGGUCUCGUCCACAGAGUUCAGGUGGCCUUGGGCUGCUUCCACCUCCUCCUGGGGGCAAGCUAGCCCCACCCCCUUCUUCCAGGUCUACCAAUCAUAACACACAACCAUCUGGAGGAGGAAGUGACACGGGUUUGCUUGACCUGGACUCUAGUAACUCCAACUCAGUGGAUGCACUCAACCCCACUACCACAGCCAAUGUAGACCUCUGGGGAGACUUUGACUCCGUAUCCUCAAACGUUACCUUGGAAACUGCACAGGAGCAGGACCACUGGAAGGCUGCCCAUCCCUUCAACUUGUGAGAGGUAUGCUUUGCGAGCUGGAGGAAACAGAUGAGGAAAAGAGUCAGGGUGAUUUCACAGAGUGGAACUGUCCAAUAUCCUCUCUCAAGAUUUGUGUGCUGUUUGUUUCUUAAUGCUCCCAGGAUUCCAGGCCACAGUCAUGUUUUCCCUGGCAGUUUGCUUCAGCUGAAAACAAAGAGCAUAGUGCUAGAGUUUGUGUAACAGACAAGUUGUCAUUGUUAUAGAAGAAAGCCUGAUGUCAUGUAGCUGUAGAAUAAUCCAUUCUGUGAUGUAUUCUUUCGACUGCUCGUUAAAGUAGCGGUGGAGCAACAAAAGAAAGGUUUAAAAUCAAAAGACACUUUAAGAACUACCUUUGA